GCAGUUUUUUCCUAGUUAGACAAACGGAUUAAUGAAAUGAACAUGGAAUUGGUUUUUCCGGCAUUGUUGCGUUUCAAGUUGACACGUUCUUGAGUAAAAAAUAAUUAAAAUUAAAAAAUGACACGUUCUUUAUCAAUAUUGCGUAAGAAAUUAUUCAACCAAAAGAACGAACCAUGAAUCCAAAUCGUACUUGAACCCAAUCGAACUUCAAAAAUCCUCCGAUUCUCUCUGCCACAACCACAAUCCUCUCCGUAGAAAAACCAUUUUUGUAUCAGUACGAUGAGGAACGAGGCUAGUAGUAGCAGCACUAAAACCCCGAAGGAAAGCGUUGUUGUUGAUUGCGGAAAACGUCGAAGCUCUUGUGGUUAUUGUAGAUCUCCUCGUCACAAUAGUAUCUCUCACGGUAUGCUGGCAGAAAGUCUUACAGUGGAUGACUACCAAGCCCUUCUUGACCAAGGCUGGAGAAGAUCUGGAUGUUUUCUUUAUAAACCUGAGAUGGAGAAAACAUGUUGCCCUUCCUAUACAAUCCGCUUGAAAGCAGGUGACUUUGUUCCCUCUAAGGAACAACUUCGUGUAUCUAGACGAAUGCAAAGGUUUUUAGGUGGAACCUUGGAUGCUAAAAGAGUUGAUGCCACGGACGAACCAAAUACUUCAAAAAAUUCAGGAAGCCUUGUGCAUAAUAAUCCAGCAUGCUCCAUGUCAGAAGAAUCUCUAUCUGUUGGCAGCAAAGAGGUGGAUGAAGUUGAAAAAUCUCUGCACUAUUUAUCAGAUCAGAUUGAUAAUGUAGUACAGAUGUUCACUGAUAACAGGGAAUUUCCAUCUGGUUUUCAAUUACCAAAAGCUUCAGUCAGAAUGGUUUCACAGGGUAAAAAAAAGUUAUUAACCAAUGGAUCCGAGGAUCUCUUGUAUAGUAGCAAUAUAGCCUUUCAAGUUGCUGCAUCUAUAAACCGAGCACAGUCAAGGGACAAGGAUGGUAAUGAUUCCAAACCAUCGAGAGAUAGUGAGAAGGAGAAUGCAUCUUCUCCUAAAAUUAUUGCAGAAAAGCUGGUAGCGUCUUUAGACUCAACAGUAAAAUCAUCUGGUCUGUCUACCAGGGCUUGCAAUGGUCAUAUCAAUUUUUAUGCUUCUAGUAAGCAAGUUUCGCAAAAUGGAACUGUUCAAAAUGCUGCAAUUCCUAAGAAGUCUGGAAUGAAGCUUGAUAAAGGAGGAAAUUGUUUGAUUAGUCCUCAACAUUGUCAGUUGAAAAAGCGAAAGCUUGAGAUCCGUUUGAACAGAUCCAGUUUUGAUCCAAAAGAAUAUGCUUUAUAUAGAAAAUAUCAAAGCAAAGUACAUAAUGAUAAACCACAAAAUUACACGGAGAGUUCAUAUCGCAGAUUUUUGGUUGAUACUCCAUUAUUAUAUGUUUCACAUACUGGUGACAGCACAGUCCCUCCUUGUGGUUUUGGCUCUUUCCAUCAACAGUAUUUAGUGGAUGGCCAGUUAGUGGCAGUUGGGGUUAUAGAUAUCCUUCCUAACUGUUUAUCGAGUAAAUAUUUGUUCUGGGAUCCAGACUUUGCUUUUCUAUCACUCGGCAAGUACUCUGCACUUCAAGAAAUUGGUUGGGUGAAAGAUAACCAGGUUCAUUGUCCUAGUCUCCAGUACUAUUAUCUUGGCUACUAUAUUCACUCUUGCAACAAGAUGAGGUACAAAGCUGCAUAUCGCCCUUCAGAGCUUCUAUGUCCUCUUCGUUAUCAGUGGGUUUCAUUUGACAUUGCAAGGCCUUUACUUGACAGAAAGCGAUAUGUUGUCUUAUCAGACGCUUCCAUUUUACCAAAUGGAGAGUCGUCCCCACUUCAAGUUACUGACGGUCAAGAUGCAAUGUUAAUCCAGCUUGAUGACAGUGGUCAAGAAGAUGCAAAUGAUGUUCCAAUGCAUGAAGAUGAAGAAAUGGUUGAGUUUGAAUCGGAAAGCUCUGACGAUGAACCUGAUUUACAAACUACUAAUUGUGAUCCAGAAAAUAGUGAUUUAAGCAAAGUUUUGCUAGAGAUAAAAGGAUCUCGUGUGAGAUACAAGAAUCUUCGAAGUGUGUUGGGUCCUGAGCAGCAGAGAUACUUGGAGUCACAGUUGCAGAAAUACAGGAGGGUUGUGGGUGCAGUGUUAUCCGAGCGCAUGGUUUACUCUCUCGGUUAAUUUAUAUCUUGGAACUUCAAUAUAAUGACAUGCUACUGCUGCGGUCGCCAGCAAAUAAGAUUCUGAUCCCGCCGUUGGAGCUGAAUUUGAUCCUCGAUUGUCUUCAGGAACUGUGUAAACUAAAUAACUUUUUGGUUAAUGGUUUGUUGUUUUAUUUAACAUGGUUGAUUUUCAUCAAAUUUCUUGUGCAUUUGCAUAUAUGGAACUUAAUUCAACGGCGUAUCUCUUUGCCAGCUUGAUGGUAUUUAUGCCAGUUUAAAGUUCCCUCGAUCGAUUUUAUGUUCUAUGAAAGCUUAGUUAUAUGAUGGUUAGAUCAAUGGAUAUGAUUAAUUUAUCCUGUAAAUGGAAACGAUAGGUCUUUUUUGGUUCA